AUGGGAAGUCAGUACCAGACAUACAGAGAACGGGAAGUCAGUGCCCGACAUACAGAGAAUGGGAAGUCAGUACCAGACGUACAGAGAAUGGGAAGUCAGUACCAGACAUACAGAGAACGGGAAGUCAGUACCCGACAUACAGAGAACGGGAAGUCAGCACCCGACAUACAGAGAACGGGAAGUCAGUGCCCGACAUACAGAGAAUGGGAAGUCAGCACCCGACGUACAGAGAACGGGAAGUCAGUACCCGACAUACAGAGAACGGGAAGUCAGCACCCGACAUACAGAGAAUGGGAAGUCAGUGCCCGACAUACAGAGAACGGGAAGUCAGUACCAGACGUACAGAGAACGGGAAGUCAGUACCCGACAUACAGAGAACGGGAAGUCAGUACCCGACAUACAGAGAAUGGGAAGUCAGCACCCGACGUACAGAGAACGGGAAGUCAGUACCCGACAUACAGAGAAUGGGAAGUCAGUGUCCGACAUACAGAGAACGGGAAGUCAGUACCAGACGUACAGAGAAUGGGAAGUCAGCACCCGACAUACAGUGAACGGGAAGUCAGUGCCCGACAUACAGAGAAUGGGAAGUCAGUGCCCGACAUACAGAGAACGGGAAGUCAGUACCAGACGUACAGAGAACGGGAAGUCAGUACCCGACAUACAGAGAACGGGAAGUCAGUACCCGACAUACAGAGAAUGGGAAGUCAGCACCCGACGUACAGAGAACGGGAAGUCAGUACCCGACAUACAGAGAAUGGGAAGUCAGUGUCCGACAUACAGAGAACGGGAAGUCAGUACCAGACGUACAGAGAAUGGGAAGUCAGCACCCGACAUACAGAGAACGGGAAGUCAAUACCCGACAUACAGAGAAUGGGAAGUCAGUACCCGACAUACAGAGAACAGGAAGUCAGUACCUGA